GGCCCCGGCCCCGCGCGAGAGGGAGGAGCGCAGGGCCCCCCCCCUCCGGGCCGCGUCCCCCCUUUGCGGUCGGAGAGACGUGCAGCACCGGGCCCUGCGAUGCCGUUUGGCUGCGUGACACUGGGAGACAAGAAAGAUUAUAACCAGCCGUCUGAGGUGACCGACAGAUAUGACCUGGGCCAGGUCAUCAAAACGGAAGAGUUCUGUGAAAUCUUCCGGGCCAAGGAGAAGACGACAGGGAAGCUGUACACCUGUAAGAAGUUUCUGAAGCGGGACGGGCGGAAAGUGCGGAAGGCGGCCAAAAACGAGAUCAUCAUCCUCAAAAUGGUGAAGCACCCCAACAUCCUGCAACUGGUGGAUGUCUACAUCACCCGCAAGGAGUAUUUUAUCUUCCUGGAGCUGGCUACUGGCCGGGAGGUCUUCGACUGGAUCCUGGACCAGGGUUACUAUUCAGAGAAGGACACCAGCAACGUCAUCCGGCAGGUGCUGGAAGCCGUCGCCUACCUGCACUCGCUCAAGAUUGUCCACAGGAACCUCAAGCUGGAGAACCUGGUGUACUAUAACCGCCUGAAGAACUCCAAGAUUGUCAUAAGUGACUUCCACCUGGCCAAGCUGGAGAAUGGGCUCAUCAAGGAGCCCUGCGGCACCCCUGAGUACCUGGCUCCAGAGGUGGUGGGGCGGCAGCGGUACGGGCGGCCGGUGGACUGCUGGGCCAUUGGCGUCAUCAUGUACAUCCUCCUCUCAGGGAACCCCCCCUUCUACGAGGAGGCAGACGAGGAAGACUACGAGAACCAUGACAAGAACCUCUUCCGCAAAAUCCUGGCUGGGGACUAUGAGUUUGACCCACCAUACUGGGAUGACAUCUCGCAAGCAGCCAAGGAGCUGGUGACACGCCUGAUGGAGGUGGAGCAGGACCAGCGGAUCACGGCAGAGGAGGCCAUCUCCCAUGAGUGGAUCUCCGGCAAUGCCGCCUCUGACAAGAACAUCAAGGAUGGUGUCUGUGCCCAGAUCGAGAAGAACUUCGCUCGGGCCAAGUGGAAGAAAGCAGUGCGAGUGACCACGCUCAUGAAGCGCCUGCGGGCGCCUGAGCAGACAGAGACGACCCCGGCCUCGGCCACCACUGCCGCCUCCACUGCCGCCACGGACACUGCGGCCCCCAGCACACCGCCUGCCGCCCCGCAGCCCCCGGCCCCCGGAACGCCGCCCGCCACCACGUGUAAUGGGGACGGGGCCGCCGCCGCUGCCACCACCGCGUCCCCCUUCGAGCAGACCGGCUGAGUGGCCGCGGCCCCCGCGCCCCCCACUCUGUACAUAGCCCUCGGCAUGGUCGUGUGUCCCCCUCGCCUGCCCUCUUUUUCUACGUGCCCCGCCGGAGAGCCGGCCGCGGGGCAGAGCCCUGCAUGGAGUCCGCCCUCCCCGGCGUCCCCCCGGCCCCUCCUGGCCCCCUCCGUGGCUUUGCCGGUCGGUCUGUCCCCACCCCGCUCUCUCAGUCUGUCCCCUGCCGCCGCCCCGCCCCCCCCCCAAGGGAUGCCCAGAGGUACGGGGCAGCCCCACCCUCCAUCCCCGGCCGCAGGGGUGGGGGUCAACGUGGGCGUCGUGCGGGGCCUCCCGGGACACGCGUGCAUGUGCGGGACCGGCGGUGGGGACGGAGGGGGGGCCCCAUCAGGCAGAGCACCCCCUCUCCGUCCUGGGGUCCUGGGGGUGUGUGUGUGCGUUGCAGGGGGUGAGGGAGCACGGGGGCCCCGCCCCUGCCCCGGGGGCAGCCACACAGUCCCCCCCCGCUUUGUGUGUGGAGGAUCCCAAACGGACGCCCCUCGUGUCCCCCGUCCUCCCCGGACUCGGCUUCCCUCCCUCGCAGCUGCAUGCCUGCAGGGCCGGCUCUGCCUGCGGCUGCCGCCAGCACUCCCCUCCUCGUGUACCUCCACGCGCUGUUUCUCUGGCAAAUAAAGACCCCGCUGAGGACAAACUGAGA